AUAACCCAGCCACUCGAGGCGACCUCCGAAUUCGGCGUUCUUUUCUCAGUGGCACUUGGACCGCAUCCGGAAACGCAGUGACCUCGUGACCAGUGAAACGCGGCAUCUUUCGUCGCAUCCCUCAUGCCUUCCUUCGGAUAAGAAAUAUUCCAACCGAUUUCUCAAUCGUUUCGGGUUGUUAAGGAAGAGAAAUUACAAGAGUUCUUACAAGAGAAAUUACAUUUUCGUUUAGAUAAUUGGGCUUGGAAAUUUUGUGUAAUCUCUCUACAAUUUUGUGUAAGUUCUCAACGAACGAAGAUUUUCAGAAAAUUGUUCGGAGUCGAUUUCAAGAACGAUCUGUUGUAGAAGAAUUGCGAUUGAUGGAAGAAUUAAAUCAGGGUUAAAAAGAUUUAAAAAAAUCAGACUCCACUUUGUACGCGAUUGAUUCGCUGAUCGCUAGUGAGAUUUUUAUUGGUGAAGUUAUUGUGACAGUGCGAGGAAAGGAAGUGAAGGAAAAGAAGUUACAAUGAUGCUCGGGGGUUACGAGGCGCAGCCGGAUUAUUAUCCGCAAUGGCAUCAACCCUACAAUUACGUCACGCAAUUACCAUAUGGACCGCUGAACGUGCCCGACGCGGAUAGCCAAUCGACGUACUGGGGCGCGGAUUCCGGGAUCUCCGGGGGUAGUUCUGGCGCCGGAAGUCCCACCGCCUCGACGCCUCCCCUGAUCGAAGAGAUCGGCGUCCAAGAACCAAGCUACUCAUCCCUGCAACAAUAUCCACACCCUUCUAUCAGUCAACACUAUCCCAAUUUGCCUUACCCACCUCAACAAGAUAUUUCACAUCAUCACCUACAUCAUCACCAUCAUCAUCAACAACAAAAUCACAGAAGAGACGGCGAUUAUUCGACAGUUUCUUCGAUGAAUCAAGUUGAUGGAUCGCUUCAACAACAUCUCAGACAAGGAACUAGAGACGGCGGAGUUGUCGUUAGGCCUAAACGAAGGAAUACAGCGAAUAAGAAAGAAAGAAGACGCACACAAAGUAUUAACAAUGCGUUUGCCGAUCUUCGUGACUGUAUACCCAAUGUGCCGGCGGAUACGAAACUAUCGAAGAUUAAAACGUUGAGGUUGGCAGCUUCGUAUAUUGGAUACCUGAUGGCGGUAUUGGAAAGCGACGAAGGAGAAGAGCCGCAGACCUUUCGCGCUGAAAUUUUAUCUAAUGGCAGAAGGAACAAGACGGCUCAGGCAAAUCAGAACGAGUCGUAUUUACACCAGGCAUCAGGCCUCGGGUCUGAGGAAUCAUCGAAAAGCAAAGGCCGAACUGGUUGGCCGCAGCAUAUGUGGGCCCUCGAAUUGAAGCAGGAAUCGCCUACCAACCAGAUGCAAUAAGAUCAUCGAUUCCCAAUCUAUCUAUUUCUGACACUUUAUGGCUUCUGUUCUUCCGUCGUUAUCGAGAAACCGAACAAAUUGAAGUUAGAUCAAUGUUGGUGGCUAGCCAGGAAACUUCGAUUAUUCUCAACUUUUCCUAGACAGCUAUCAAGUAUUUCGUGGAACAUAAAUAGUAAGAAGAAAAAUAUUCGUUACUCUUUCAUUUUACAUCAUCGACGAAAUGUUGCGGUAUAAAAUAAGAUUAAUUUAUUCACAUAGCUGCGAGAUAAGGUUAGUGUAAAAAUUACGCUAAGUAUUGUGUAUGUGUAUGAGUGUAUAUAAGCGGGUGAAAAAUCGAAAUCGUUCUUUUAGUCCCUUUACUUUUCCUUUUCUCUUUCUAAAAGACUUUUUUUAACAGAUUCGCACUUUUGAUGAUUUCUGGAAUUUCUGUUACGAGCAGAACUUGCUAAAUCUCAAUAAAAAAUAGGGCAUUACUUUUAUUUGAACGCAGAAAGCGUCGAUAAGUCUAUUGUAAAAUACAAGCGAUUGUUUGUAAAUACGCGUCUGCGAGUAUAGGUCUGCCUGUAAAUAGGAGUAUCUUAUUUCUU